AUGAUUCAUUGCCAAUUUCUUUUCCUAACUCCGUUAAUUUGUUUUGUGGUACUUUCUGAUUUACCAGAAACUGCUGUAGCCGAAAAGGUUGUUGUCUUUAAAACGGUUCUUGUGCUGGACGAAGUUGUCGUUCCUGAAAUGGAUGUUACUGCUGAUGCGAUUGUGCUCCUGCCACGACUUGUUGUCGCUGUACCGCCUUUUGUGCUCGCGGCAGUUAUCGUUGCUGACAUGGUUGUUACUCCACCAGAACGUGUUGCAGCUGUAGUAGUUGAUGUUCUUGCAACACUUGUUGUGGGUGAGGUGUUAGUCGCGGUAGGAACGGUUGUUGUUCCUCUAGGUGCUGACGUUCUUGUCAUUGUUUUUUUUGGGGAACCACUUGUUGUUCUCAUGACGGUUGCUGUUCCUGCAGCGGUUGAUAUUCUUGAAACAGUUGUUGAUGGUGAAGUGCUUGCCGACCAUGGCAAAGCUGUUGUCGCAGUAGCAGCUGACGCCCUCGGAACCGGUGUUGAUGACGAGCUGGCUGCGGUCCUUCGAGCUGUUGUUGUGGCUGCAGUGUUUGGUCUCGUUGAGAUGUUCGUUGUUGUUCCUGGAGCUGUAGUCGUUGUGGAACAAAUUGGAAGUACAUUAGAGGAGAAUGAACCGAUCACAUUUCCUGGAGGAUAA